UCCUAGAUAAGCAACGUCUUGUUUUUCGUUUUACCACCCAUAUGUAUGUGCUUGUUCCGUCAGUACGCGAUCUGCUUCAACAGUGGGAUAUAUUUAAUAUGGACUCUGCUGGUCGUGGUUGGAAUUGGAUCUGUUUAUUUCCAUGCCACCCUCAGUUUCCUGGGUCAGAUGCUGGAUGAGCUGGCUAUUCUCUGGGUCCUGAUGUGUGCUCUUGCCAUGUGGUUCCCUAGGAGAUACCUGCCCAGAGUUUUUCGAAAUGACAGGAGCCGAUUUAAAGCUGCUGUGGGUGUCCUGUCUGGAGUUACCACCUGCCUUGCCUUCAUUAAACCUGCCAUCAACAAUAUCUCCCUCAUGACUCUGGGUGUUCCCUGCACAGCUUUGCUCAUUGCUGAGUUGAAGAGGUGUGAAAACCAGCGUGCAUACAAACUGGGUCUCUUUUCAGGUCUUUGGUGGAUGCUAGCACUUUUUUGCUGGAUCGGUGACAAAGUGUUUUGUGAGAUUUGGUCUGCGUUUAACUUCCCCUAUUUGCACUGUGUGUGGCACAUUCUGAUUUGCCUUGCGGCAUACCUGAGCUGUGUCUGCUUUGCUUACUUCGAUGCUGCUUCUGAGAUCCCUGAGCAAGGCCCUGUGAUAAUGUUCUGGCCCAGUGAGAGGUGGGCAUUCAUUGGAGUUCCCUACGUCACCCUCCUCUGUGCAUACAAGAAAUCACCAGUGAAGAUCACAUGAAGUGGGCCACGGAAUGGGGAUGGAUUUUCAACUUACAUUCCAGCACAGACAAUAUUUAAAUAAUGGUAAACAACUAGUGUUGUAUUUUUUCUUCUUCCUAAGAUAGGCAGCACUUCAGAUGCCAUGGGAAGAGAAGGCAAGUGUUUUCUCUCU